AUGCAUCGUGCGCAGAACGUUCAAUCCCACGUGGGCACAUAUGCCCCAGACAUUUUAGUGGUCGGCUCUUGUUUUCUGGACUAUUUCGGCUAUGUGGAUCACAUGCCACAGGUUGGCGAGACGAUGCACUCGGAGUCGUUCCAGAAGGGGUUUGGCGGGAAGGGCGCCAACCAAGCCGUGGCGGCUGGCCGCCUAGGGGCCAAGGUCGCCAUGGUGAGCAUGGUAGGGACAGACGGCGACGGCAGUGACUACAUCAAGGAACUGGAGAAGAACGGUGUUGACACGGCCUACAUGCUUCGUACCGGCAAGAGCUCCACUGGACUGGCGAUGAUUCUGGUCGAUAUCAAGUCGUCCAACAACGAAAUAGUCAUUUGUCCUAACGCCACAAACUACUUCACGCCCGAGUUGCUGCGCGCACAGACGAACAACUACGAGAAUAUCAUGCACCCGGGCCUCAAGUACCUUAUUUGCCAGAACGAAGUCCCUCUUGCCACCACGCUGGACACAAUUAAGGAGGCGCACAGGCGUGGUGUGUACACGGUGUUCAACACCGCUCCGGCCCCGAAGCCGGAUGAGGUGAGGAAGAUCAAGCCGUUUCUUUCGUACGUGUCGCUCUUCUGCCCGAACGAAGUGGAGGCGGCACUCAUCACCGGCGUGAAGGUGACGGAUUCAGCGUCCGCCUUUCGUGCCAUCAAGGCGCUGCAGCAGCUCGGCGUUCGCGAUGUCGUCAUCACACUCGGCGCGGCCGGCUUUGCUCUUUCUGAAAACGGCACCGCCCCAGUGCACGUCGCGGGCAAGCGAGUUAAGGCGGUGGACACAACUGGCGCCGGCGACUGCUUUGUCGGCUCCAUGGUGUAUUUCAUGAGCCGCGGUCGCAACCUUCUAGAGGCCUGCAGGCGCGCCAACGAGUGCGCUGCCAUCAGCGUCACGCGUAGGGGAACACAGCUGUCCUACCCGCAUCCCAGUGAGCUGCCAGCUGGCGUCAUGUAG